CUCAAUGGAGGGGGAUUUAGACAGUGAGCAGUCAGGAAGGGAUGUGGUAAGAACAGUAGGGUUGUAGUGCGUAGUAAAUCUGAAAAGCGUCGAUGCCGGAUGCUUGCUUUUGGGGUUAAGUCUUUCCCUGACAGUGCUCUCUAAACCUGUGGGCGAUGCAGACUGGAAACCCCUGAGCAGCGUGACCGGUGCAUAAAGUGAUCACAGGAUGUCACACGGUCCCUGGGGCCGACAGCCAUGCCCUACAGGAGUGUUGGAGAGGUUCCUUGCUUGUGACUCAAUGUUUGUAGCAUCUCGGUCCCUGUGUAGAUGUCGGUGCAGACGGCUGUUAGCUGGGGCUCUGGGGCUGUGACGCUCAGACGGCCUGGGAAAGCGGGGAAGGGAGCUGAGAUACAGCAGCCCCCUGACCGCCAUAGAGAGCCAGGCAGCGAAGGGGAACCGCUGGAGCAUCCCUGGGUAGAGACUGAGGCUGCGGCUUGCACAGGUGAUGGCCGAAGCUGCAGGCUCAGGAAACAUGCUGCAUGUACAGUCGCAGUGAGCGUUGUACUUGUCAUUCUGAUUGUUGCUGUUGUUACUCUGGCAGUGCUGGUACUUAAAACACAGCCCCAAUUCAUGGCCUGGUGCCCAGAUGGCUGGAUCGGAUACCGAGGGAAAUGCUACUAUUUCUCCAUGGCUGAAGAGAACUGGAACAACAGCCAGAGACGCUGCUCUGCGUUUGGUGCUUCCCUGGCUCUGAUUGACAGCAACCAGGACCUGUCUUUCAUGAUGCGAUACAAAGGCAUCUCCGAGCACUGGAUCGGCCUCUGGAGAGAGCAGGACGGGCAGCCCUGGAAAUGGGUGACUGGCUCUGAUUUCAAUCGCUUGUUCCUGAUAAGAGGAGGAGGUGAAUGUGCGUACCUGAACGACAAGAGCGUCAGCUCUUCCAGGUGCAUCACUGAGAGAAACUGGGUCUGCAGCAAACCUGAUGCAUAUACAAGCCAGAAAAACGCAACACAGAGGAGUCAGGAGCUGAAAAACCUCACGACGGGCUAUUAGAGAAAC